CUGCUUGGCAGGGGGUUGGACUCGAUGGCCCUUGUGGUCUCUUCCAACUCUAUGAUUCUAUGAUUCUACAUGGGGAGCUCAUAACCCCUACAAUAGGUGGUUACAACUGGCAGAAAUGGUAGCCCAUGCCGCAAACGAAACUAAUUGCUCCGUUUGCACUUUGGGACCAACGGAUGCUGCAGGGGGAAUUCCCCUAUUACCCCUCCCCCUUAACGCAACCACAAUUCAGCAAACAGCCAAUGCCACGGAUGCACAAUUGUGGCCCCCAUGGUGGAACACCUCCAUUCCCCUUCGUGUGUACAGAAUUAAGGGUUGGCUUUGCAUCAACCAGACCAGGGCUGCAUCCCUAGCCCAAAUGCAAAACACAUACGUCAACGCCACUCAUUAUGUUGGAUGAUCCUCUUGUGAUUGUAUUUGUGCCCCGCAUGACAACUCAGGGUGUAAUGGUGUCUGUCGUGAUCUCCAUCUCCUCCGCCGCAGAACCAUCCGGAAGACCUCCAGUGUUGGCCACAUGGUCACCCUAUCAAAACGGGACAUGUACUGGGUCUGUGGGACUCGAGCCUAUCAUGAGCUCCCAGGGGGGGGGGGUUCGGGGUAUGUUUCCCGGCCUAUUUGCUUCCACCAAUGUGGAUUCUACCCAGACCUUCUACGUUUGGAUGCCUUACGCGUAGGCGAAGGAGCACUGGGGUCAUUUCUUCUGUGGCAGGGGGGAGCAGCCAGAAGUGGGGAGAAAACGAAUGGCCACCUGAGCGGAUAAUGGCCUAUUAUGACCCGGCCUCUUGGAACCCCGAUGAGCUUGUAGCAGGGGCCAGGGAGCCAAUUUACAACCUUAAUCGAAUCAUUCGACUCCAGGCAGUGGUGGGAAUUGUGGCUAAUGCCACGGCCACCACUCUCCGUCUCAUAGCCACCCAGCUAGAUGAAACUCGCAUUGCUGUCCUCCAGUUGCGAUUGGGGCUAGACUUUAUUCUGGCCAAACAAGGAGGAUUUUGUGCUGCCCUCAACCUAACUGGUGGAGCAUGCUGCUUCAAUAUUUCAGAUCAUGGUGAAGCUAUCCGCAACCUGGCAGCCAGCAUUGAAAAAGUAGCCCACAUUCCUGUACAGACUUGGGAAGGUUGGGAUAUGUCUUGGUUAAACAACUUUCUCCCAACAGGUUGGCUCCGGGGACUUUUUGCUAUGUUUAUGGGACCUUUGCUAAUCUUGCUUCUCCUUUGCUUCUGUAUUCCUUGCUUGGUGCAAUGCUUGCAAAAUAUGAUGCAGAAAAUGGUGUCCCGCAUGAUGGGACCUCGUGUUAUAGCUUUGAUGCGUGAAUAUCACCCUAUCCCUAUGGACGAGCCCGAAGGCUGUCCACAAGAAGAGGAAGGAAUGAAGGAUACUAGGAUGUAAAAGGGACCUUGUGAAGACUACACCCUUGGCAGUUAUGGGGAAAGAACAGGGAGGGGUUGAGAGUGAAGGAGGAAACAAGUUAUGCAAGUAUGUUGCAUGAGUCAAGCUUAAGGAUGAGUCAUGCUUAAGCAUGAGUCGAGCUUAAGGAUGAGUCAUGCUUAAGGGAGCAAGUGUGGAAGAGGAAGAAGCAGGAACCAAUGAGAAAAUGCCAACAGAACAUUGAGCGAGCCAUAUAAGGGAAUAAAUGAAAAGGCGUUAUGUGACUGGAUGAUGGAGGUGGGAUGACCUGAGGGAUGGGAUAAUGAGAAGGGUAUAAAAGUGCUUGCCUGUUUGCUGUAAACGCGGCCAGCCUUUGGAAGCGAUUCCGCUGGCCGUCUCUGCGCAGAACUGAAUAAACUCUUUCUCCGUGAACCACACCCUGGUGUUCUUUGACUCCUCUAUCUUCCCCCUUUGGGGUAUGUGCUCCAGUGGACAAGAGAGAGAGAUCAAGAGAGAGAGAUCGUGACAGCCUGGGAGCAGGAAAAAGAGAGAGAAAAGUGAUUGAAAAGAAAGGGACAGGACCCAUUGCAAAAAAGGAAGAUGAAACUGCAACUAGUCUGCGUGAUCUUCAUUCUUCUCAGCGCGGCCACCAGAAACACUUGUGCCUUCAAACUUCAGACAGAUGUUGAGAAAGACCUCACGAGCUUGGAUACGUACAAGACAGAGCCCAGGGCGAAUACCGUUCAGGCAUUGCUACGGAGAGCCAAGCGCUUCAACAGCCACUUCCCCACCUGCCGCUACUGCUGCAAUUGCUGCAGAAACAAAGGAUGUGGCAUGUGCUGUUGGGGCUGAGGGCCAAGGAUGACUUUGGCACCACCGGGCCGCGCCCCGUCUCAGCACCACACACACACCAGGCUCCCCAAGCUUGCCCCCCACCCACCCCGUACUGCUCCCUACCACCUUCAACAAUUUUUUCCUUAUUUAUUAGUUUGGCACUGUUUUUCUCGUUUGCUCGCUUUGUGGGCUCUCAUUUGUUACUGUUGGGAAUUAAAGCGUUUUUACCACA